CAAAUCAAAUCGAAUAUGGCGGAUCCAGUGGUCGUAGUUGACUCUUCGCCACCGACUGUCAAUGGAGUAAAUGUGGUGGACAGUCCAUCUAAUAUUGAUGCUGUCAAAGUAGUUGAUAGUUCGCCACCGACUGUCAAUGUAGUAAAUGUGGCGGACAGUCCAUCUAAUGUUGAUGCUGUCAAAGUCGUUGAUAGUACGCCACCGACUGUCAAUGGAGUAAACGUAGUGGACGGUCCAUCUGAUGUACAUACUGUCAACGUUGUCAAUGGCGAGCCACCAUCUGUAGCUGUCGUCAAUGGUGUGGAUGGUGUUAAUGUCGUCAAUGAUGGGCCAUCGCCAGUGAAUGUCGUCAACGGUAUAGACGCUGUCAAAGUCGUUGACAGACCUCUACCCUCUGACAAUGUUAAGCCGAUAAAUCCUGCGCUCCUGCGUCCGGAGUCAGUCUCGGGCGUGAUGGAGCACGCCCUGCAGCAUCGCGAUCGCGUUGGCGUCCAGGAUUUCGUGCUGCUCGAGGACUACCGCUCCGAAGCCGCUUUUAUCGACAACCUGCGCAAGCGGUUCAAAGAAAACCUCAUUUAUACAUACAUUGGCAAUGUGCUGAUCUCGGUAAACCCCUACAAGCAUCUGCCCAUUUACACCGAAGAAAAGACGAAGCUCUACUUCAAGAAAGCAUUUUUCGAGGCUUCUCCACACGUAUUCGCGAUUGCCGACAAUGCAUACAGGUCACUAGUAUACGAACACAGAGAACAAUGCAUUUUGAUCUCCGGUGAAUCCGGUUCAGGCAAAACAGAAGCAUCAAAGAAAGUUCUGGAAUACAUAGCGGCACGAACAAACCAUCUCCGCAAUGUCGAAAGGGUUAAAGACAAACUGCUACAGAGCAAUCCACUUCUGGAAGCAUUCGGCAAUGCUAAAACUCACAGAAACGACAACUCGAGUCGGUUCGGCAAAUAUAUGGACAUACAGUUUAACUACGAAGGAGCUCCAGAAGGUGGUCAUAUCCUGAACUACUUGCUAGAGAAGUCCAGAGUUGUCAGUCAGAUGUCUGGAGAGAGAAACUUCCAUAUCUUCUAUCAGCUAUUGUCUGGUGGAGAUAAUGAACUAUUGGCGUAUCUGAAGCUGCAAGGAAGGCCGGAAGCCUACAAGUAUACUACGGAUUCGGUGAGCCAAGUAAGCCAAAAAAUAACCGACGCUGAGCAAUUCCGCACCGUCCGCGAGGCGAUGAAGGUCAUAGAGAUCGGUGAAGAUGAACAAAGAGAAAUCUUCGCCAUAGUGGCCAGCGUGCUCCAUCUCGGCAACAUCAAGUUUGUACAGAACGACAAAGGAUUCGCUGAGAUAUUGUCGCAUGAUGCUAACUGCAAUAAUGUUGCUGAGCUUCUCCAAGUGGACCCAACAAAACUCUGCGAAGCAUUAACGAGCAGAACAAUCGAAGCUCGUGGUGACGUCGUGAAUACCCCCUUAGAUCAGGAGCAAGCCCGGUACGCUCGUGAUGCUCUGGCCAAAGCCAUCUAUGAUCGUCACUUCAGCUGGCUGGUCUCCAGAUUGAACACUUCACUGGACCCGAAAGAAAAGGACCCGAGAGCGUCUGUCAUGGGUAUUUUGGACAUUUAUGGAUUUGAAAUCUUCCCCAAAAACAGCUUCGAGCAGUUCUGCAUCAACUUUUGCAACGAAAAACUGCAGCAGUUGUUCAUCCAGCUGACGCUCAAGUCAGAGCAGGAGGAAUACCUGCGCGAAGGCAUCGAAUGGGAGCCCGUUGAGUACUUCAAUAACAUCAUAAUUUGCGAUCUUGUUGAAGCCAAGCAUAGGGGCAUAAUAUCUGUCCUGGACGACGAAUGCUUAAGGCCAGGCGAAGCGACAGACGCGAGUUUCUUGGAGAAGUUAAACCAGCAGCUGGGCGGCCACCCGCACUACAAGUCGCAUCGGAAAGUUGAUUCCAGAACACAGAAGUUAAUGGGUCGUGAUGAGUUCUGCAUAGUCCACUACGCCGGGGAGGUGACGUAUAGCGUGAACACUUUCCUGGAGAAGAACAAUGACCUGCUAUUCAGAGACCUGCAGACCCUCAUGUCCAGCAGCGGCAACUCUACCGUUGCCAAAUGCUUCCAGGACUUGAAACUACACAGCAAGAAACGUCCUGAAACUGCCAUCACCCAGUUCAAGAACUCGUUGAACGAGCUUAUCAAGAUACUUAGCAGCAAGGAGCCUUCAUACAUCAGAUGCAUCAAACCUAAUGACUUCAAGACGCCCAUGCAAUUCGACGACAAACUGGUCUCCCACCAGGUAAAAUACCUGGGUUUGAUGGAAAAUCUGCGAGUACGACGAGCCGGCUUCGCUUACAGACGUACUUAUGAAGUCUUCCUCGAAAGGUACAAAUGCCUGAGCGCAGAAACAUGGCCAAACUUUAGAGGACACCCGCGAGACGGAGUCCUGAAGGUGGUGACAGCCCUCAAGUAUGAAAAAGAAGAAUACAGAAUGGGCAAUACUAAGAUCUUCAUCCGCUUCCCGAAAACGUUAUUCGAAACAGAAGAUGCAUUCCAAUUAAAGAGGAACGACGUUGCAACCAUAAUCCAGAGCAGAUGGAGGGGUUACUGGCAGAGGAAGAAGUACCUCCGAAUGAAGGAGGCUGCCGUAGUCAUCCAGAAGUGGGUUAGGAGGUAUCUUGCCCAGAAGCUGAAGGAGCGCAGGAAAAAUGCUGCUCAAGUUAUUCGUUCGUUCAUUAAAGGUUUCAUCACCCGCAACGGUCCAGAAACACCUGAGAACCGUCGCUUCCUCGGCAUUGCGAAGGUGCACUGGCUGAAACGACUGUCUACCCGACUUCCCAAGAAAGUACUCGACCUUUCCUGGCCGCCAUGUCCCGCCACCUGUCAGGAAGCAUCAAAGGAGCUGCACAGGUUGUACAGAGCUCACCUAUCAAGAAAGUACAGACUUGCUCUGAGCCCAGUUAAUAAGAAGCAAUUUGAAUUGAAAGUGUUGGCUGAAAAAAUUUUUAAGGGCAAGAAGACCAGUUACCCCGCCAGCGUAAGGGAACGCUUUAUCACCGAAAGACUUGCAAAAGAACUUCAUGUCCUCAGGAACUCCUUCAUGGCUUCUCCUUCUUGGCCUACUGGCGAGCAGCUCAUUUAUUCUACGGACGCGGUAAAAUUCGAUCGUCGCGGCUACAAGCCACGUGACCGAGCUCUUCUGGCGUCCGACAAGGCCCUUUACGUUGUCGACGCCUCUGGUCGCAAGACCUUCAAAUUGAAGCAUCGACUCCCCCUUGAAAAGAUCAAGGUUGUUGUCACCAACGAAAGUGACAACCUUAUACUGAUUAAAAUCCCUCAGGAGUUGAAAAAGGACAAGGGUGAUCUCAUCAUCCAGGUGUCCCACCUUAUUGAGGCUCUGAGUGUCGUUACUGACUACACGAAGAGGCCCGACAUCAUAGAUAUUGUGGAUACUAGAAUGAUUACACAUAAUCGACAGAGCGGCAAAGAUGGCGUAAUUGAAGUGACCAACGGCCCGCAACCAUCGAUCCAUCGCGCUAAGAGUGGAAAUCUGCUUGUAGUCGCGGUGCCCUAAGCGAAUUGGAUAGUAUUAUGUAAACUUUUCAACCCCUUUACAACGAACGCAGUAGACAAUAAGUACUAAGUUAUAUACUAUGGUAAAUGCAUUUUUUUAUUUUUAAAUAUUACCUUUAAUUUUCAAUUUUAAUAUUAUAGUGUUCAUUUUUGCAUUUUUUACAUUCUUCUGUUGUUGUUCUGUUAUGAAAUAAAUUAUAUAAUCAUAAUUUUGUUUACGUAUCUAUAUUAUAAAAUCAUUUUAUUAUUAUUGUGAUAAUGUGCGUACAAAGUACUUAGUGUCUCUAAUGCCAUAGAAAAUAUCAACGAAUGUA